CUGCGCGUGCGCGGGGCCGCGCGGCGGCUGUGCACAGGGCGCGGUGUGCGUGCGCCUGUCUGUUAGACUGUACCGCGGUGUCAUCGUCUGCGCGGGUCAGCCGGCCCGCGCGGCAUUCUGAAAUAGAGUGGCAGACUGAACAGCUGUGUUCCUCUACAACUGGCGACGAGGAAAACGGACAGCCAAAGGACGGGUGCUGGACAAGGCGUGGUCCCGGUCGCCGCGGACGGCUCUGGUAUUGAACCCGUUGGGCACCGAGACUUCUGCUGCAGCAAAAUGGACUUUAUCGCCGAGCUCCGCAAGGCAGCAGAGCACUGCGAGUUUGGAGGCACACUGGAGGAUCGGCUGAUGGAGCAGCUGGUGUGCGGCAUCGCUGACGAGCGCAUCCAGAGGCACCUCUUGGCUGAGCCCCAGCUGGACUUCUCCAGAGCUCAGCAAGUCAGCCUGUCGCUCGAGAUGUCGAGUAAGGACGCUCAGGUCAUCGCAGGUCAGUGCGGGGGCACGGGCCACGCCACUGUCCAUGCUGCUGCAGCGCAGGCGAACACAGAGCCUUGCUGGCAUUGCAAUCGUGCGAAUCACAGUCCAGAUAUAUGCAGAUUCCGUAACUUCAAGUGUCGAAACUGUGGUCAGUUCGGCCACAUUCAGAGAGCGUGCAGGCGCCGCCCACGGAAGACGGCCACUUCUGGGAGGCGCCGUCAGUCGGCCAACAAUGUCACCGGCUCCGGCGAUGAAGAGGACUGGGAGAGCUGGGUGGAAGCCGAAGAAGCAGUCGGCCAGAUCCGUCGAUCCACUGACACCGGCACUGCUGACGUCAGACAGGUGGGUGGCUCACUUCCGUUCACGUGUGAUGUUAAACUGCAACAGACUGAUGUGACAAUGGAGAUCGACACAGGCUCUAGGUACACUCUCAUUGGAGAGAAUACCUUCAGCAUGUUGAACUGCAAGCCUAGGCUGAAAGAGUGUAGGGUUCAGCUACGAGCAUAUACACAUCAGCCCAUUCCUGUGCUCGGGGAAUUUUGUACGUCUGUCGAGCACAAUGGUAUGACAUACACUGGUAUGAAGGUGAUCGUGGUGAAAGGCAGCAGAUCCAGUCUCUUGGGCAGAGACUGGGAGAAGGUGGACGAGCAGAUCGACAAGGACGUCAAGGCGGGCAUACUGGUGCCGGUGCAGCACAGCCAGUGGGCUGCACCACUGGUUCCAGUGCUGAAAAAGUCUGGUGAGAUCAGGGCAAAUCAGGUGAACCGGAAGAGCUGGUCUUGA